AUGUUCUCGACUGUAGCUGCCGGUUACGAGCUUAGCAAGAUUCUAGGAAAGCCUGUAGGUCCGGGACAGGCCAACUGGAUGGCUGCGGCAUAUUCCCUUACGCAGAGCGCUUUCGUCCUCAUCAGUGGUCGCCUCGGCACUGUUUAUGGUCAUCAGAGGCUUCUUCUUCUCGGCGGCAUUAUUAUCAUCGCUUUCUCCAUUGCCAAUGCAUUUUGCAAUACUUAUACCUCCUUUAUUAUAAUCCGCGCUUUUACUGGUGUUGGUGGCGGUAUCUUGAUGCCUAAUGCAGUUGCUACACUUACUAUCAUGGUUCCUCCUGGCAAAGUGCGCAACUUCACGCUGGCCAUAUUUGCAGCGUCGCCUCCAGUCGGAGCUGGCAUCGGAGCGCUAAUGAUUGGAGCAUUUCUUGAGUAUUCAGAAUGGAAGUGGCAUUUUAUCUCUGUGGCGUGUCUUGGGGCCACUUGCUUUUCUGGGCUAUUCUUUGUUCUACCCCACGAGCAUCCCGCCGACAAAAACGGUAAAAUUGAUUGCAUUGGUAUCAUUACCGGUUUAGGAGGUCUCUUAUUGUUCUCUUUGGCCUGGAAUCAAGCGCCGGUAGACGGAUGGGGGACUCCAUAUGUUAUUGCGAUGCUGAUUAUAUCAAUUGUCCUGAUGGUCAUUUUCUUCUUUUGGGAGAGUAAAUGGGCUGAUGAGCCGAUUAUGCCCUCUUCCAUCUUUCGUGAUAAAAGCUUUAAGGCUCUUACGAUUGUCGUCCUAUUUGUUUACAUGGCCGUCGGUAUCACACUUUGGUAUAUGGUUGCGUGGCAGCAAUUGAUACGAGGAUGGUCCGUUCUCAACGUCGCUGUUGGCUGGAUUCCAUAUGGACUGGGGGCAUCCUGCGCCGUCAUCUUGGCCGCAUGGCUGAUUCCCCGGCUUGAGGCACAAUGGAUCCUUGCUAUCGGAUGCCUCACUUCGCUGACAGCCACUAUUUUGCUGGCUACAAUGCCAGAACAACAGAGUUACUGGGCACAGAUUUUCCCGUCAACUGUAUUCGGUAGCUUCUGCCCUGACUUUGUAUAUGUUGCUGCACAAGUCAUCGCCAGCAGCAGUGUCGGGAAAAAAGAGCAGGGACCAGCUGCUAGUUUGAUCGGGACGCUCAACCUCUACGGCAACAGCUUAGGACUUGGUUUUGCCGGCACAAUCGAGGCGAACAUAGCGAAGAGUCAUGCUGGCGAAGCUCUGCCGUUUCGGCAGCAUUGUGGUUUGGGGCUGGUUUAUCGGCAAUUGCGCUACUGA